AUGCCCCUUCAGUCAGACAUCCUCCGUGAGGUGUGGACAUCAGAUGGGUAAGUACAAGGACCCUCCACCCUUAGGUGUGGGUAGAUAGUUGCUAGGGACGACUCCUAGCAACCUGAGCAGGAAGUGAGAAGGGGCCGUAUUUUAUCAGUUCCUUCAGUGCAGGCUCCAGGGUGUUUAUUUUGUGGGGGCGGGCGGGUAGGCUUAAGUAAGAUGCUCCCACUCAUCCCUGCUCUCAAGUGGGCUCACCACCUCCUCCUCCUCAGCACCGUCACUGCCAUGCAUUUGCUUGGCCUCUUCCACUGGGCUCCAUCCACACAAUUCCCCAGAGGGCAAGUGCAAGGCUAGUGGAGGAUAUUGCUCAGUCACUGCUUGCAUGCUCAGAGGACAUGGGAGAACAGGCAAGGGCAGAAAGAAGGAGAAGGAAGAGCAGGGUUGGGAAGUUUCAGGGAUCAGUCAUGAGUCCCUUUCAGGGCCAUGAACCUCAGCAGGCGCCCAGUGAAUGUCUAAGGUUCUUCUGACCUCACCAUGGUAGGCAUGGUGGGGAAGCUCUUAGUGCGGGGUGAUAUAUUCUGUUCUAGGGCAGACAAAGAAGAUCAUAAUUUUUUUAAAAAAGAUGAAUCUGCUGGAGGGGAGGAAGAACAUACAUAUUUUCUGUAAGCUGGACACCUUCACUAGGAACACAAUCAGCUUUCUGGCACAUUGGGACCAAGUGGGUUAGAUGUCCUAUGGUAGUCACAUGGAAAUGUUGCAUCAAUCUCUGGCCUGAAUAUAAAUCUAAUGAACAAAAACCACUUUAAGCCUCUGUGUUUGAAAACAUUCUUAGCUCUUAGCUCUUGAAUUGUAAUGAGAUUUUAGAAAUACGAUAUUAUUAUCCUUGCCGAAGAAGAGUUAGGCAAAUUAAGAAAAAUGAAAUGUGGAUCUAAUUAAUUGAGUCAUUUGUUUUGAUCUUAGGUUAUACAAAGCAAUGAUCGCUGUAAAGGAAAAAUUUAGCAUUGUACAUUAUAGUUGAUUGAAUUUUACAUUAAAUUAUGUUGUGGAAUAUGUUGUACUUUAAAGAGGCAUAAUCUGAAUCCUGGAAUACUGUUCAUUAGGGGAGGGGGUUGAUUUAUCCUUUAAUCAGUAUUUGUUCCGUCAUACAGUUUGGUAUGAAAUAUAUAUGCAUCACCUCCUGCAGCUUAAAUUCCAUUUAAUUUAUAGGUACUAAGGGAAUAUAGCAGAGCCAAAACAAAAAUGAAAGUUCAUCCCAGUGUUCUGUUCUUUGAAUUGCAAGGCCCUGCCCCUUUGGCUCUCAUUGGAUCCAGUUAAUGUUAUUAUUUUAUUAAUUUAUUAAUCCCCUUUCAUGUGAAUCUCAUGGCAAUUUACAAAUGCACCAUAAAAACAAUUAAAAGUACUAUUCAAAACAGUACAGAAAUAUAGCUAACAAUAGGCUCCCGCAACCAAAAUCCAUCUAAAAGAUAGGCUACUGCUUAUAAGUUGUUUGGGACAGUUGGAAAUUUGUCUCUAAUUUUUAGGAGUUACAUGCAUCUAUAAAACAUCAAAUAACUCAAAGAGCCAUUCAGAAUGAUAUUGCAUUUAUUGGUACUUCCCAGCUGUCUUUGUUACAUGUCCAUUAAAUACCAAGGCUACUGCUUGGAGAAAUAUCUAACCUACCUUUAGGCCAUAGCAAUACUCAGAGGACAUUUACUAAGCUGAGUCAUGAAACAAUGUAAUGUAGGGUUUUAGAUGGGUUUUACACAAAAACUGCCCCCACCCCUGCACCAGAAAGUGCUGAAUUUGUGGUGAGCAAUAUAAUGAAAACUAACCACAUUCUAUGCUGUCCUGACAUCUUCACAAAGCUCCAAUAAAUUGUCUUGAGAUGCUUCUAUAUUAAAUUUAAUGUUGGGGUGCAUGACAAAAUAUUACUUUUUUAUUGAAUAGUGCAGGUAUGUAAAUAGCUAAAAAGGUGACUGGUCAGACCAAGAAAUUGGGUAUUUUGUGAAGGGGGUAACUUUUAAAUAUGCAGUGGUGGUAAGAGAGUGAGGAAGACCCUGAUGGGCAUCUCAUCUCAACCAUGAACCCAUCUGGUCACUCAGGCGAGGCACAAGCUCUCAGCCUGAACCUCCCCCUGCCACCAUCUUGUCUGCUAAUCUACCUAGGGCAAACAUGGGGAACCUGUGACCCUCCAGAAGUUUACCAGUAUUUAUCAGUCGACUACCAGUAAAUCCCACUACAAUUCCCAUCAUCCACAUGCUUGCUGGAGCAGAUGGAUGUUCAUCAACAUCCAGAGGGCCACAGGUUCCCCAUCCCAGACCUACAGGGCUGAUGAAAGGAUUCGGACAAGUCAAUGGGUGUGAAGCUCUUUAGAGCAUGAUAUAAAUGCUAAGUAUUAUUAGUGUGAUGGGUUUCAACCCCAUCCUAGAAAUCUCUAUUGUUACUGGCAUUUGUUGUGAUUCACAGGGAUGCCCACCACCAAGAAGGUGUGGUGGCCCAAGCAAGGGGAGGUCAGAGGUUUAUGGUUUCAAAGGCGCCAGCACCUUGGAGGGAGUCCAAGGUGUGGGUUCAGGACCAUGGAGAGUGCUCAUGCAGCUGAAGCCAAAGAUCCAAGUUGCCUUAGCAAAGUCCUGGUUUUAUAAUGAGGCUAGGCCACCAUUAACAGGAUGCCCCAUCCACUGAGGGCUGCCUUCCAGCUAGUUAUAGGGCAACUGCCUUCUGCUCUAGCUAUUGGCUUGUUUGGGGUAAUGAGAUUUCUCUGGUGGGCAUCUCUCUUCAGGGCUCUCUUGACAUCCCAAGGAGUCAGACCACUAGCCAUCAUAGUCCAGUGACAGGGGUGGCUCCUCCAGGAAGCUCUGGUGUCUACAAACCCACAUGGGACAGUCUAGGAACUAGAACUAUCUCCUAUUCAGAGCUGCAAUUGCACUGUCUUUGAGGAGCUGUGUUGAAGAACCAUCAUAUCAGUCAUGUGGAAAAUACAAAAAAACUUGUGGGCAUGAGUAGCACUGAUUCCACAAUAAAAUCCCUUCUGGAAGCACCUGUGAAUUUCUGGAAGCACCAUAGAUAAGCUAUAAUGCCACCUGCUGACACGAGAAAGGAUCACACAUAGUUUCUGGGCACCAUGGCUGUGCUCAGGCUCAUUUAAUUAUUGGAGGAUAUCAUAACAUGGCUAGGAAUUCCUCCAUAAAUAUGUUCAGGUAAUAACCUAAAGUAAGCCUGCCUAAUACCUCAUAUUUGCUUUCCCUGUCUUCCUCUCCAUCUUCCCUCAGUGCAAGUGAGGAACCUGGGAGCCCUCAGCAGCAGAGACUUAAUAAGCAGGUAGGAAAAUCUGUCCCACCCACCCUUAUUACCUGGUUUCUUUUCUAGGCUGCAAUGUGUCUGUCUAAGCUCUGGCUUCUCUUUGGGGCUCCUAUUACAGCAGCGGCUAAUGUUAGUUGUUUGAGCCGGUGUGUGAGAUCCUGUCCAUGUCUAGCAAUGAACUGAAGUGAUGCUUCAUUUCUUCUGAGCAACUGAUGAUUUUGAAAAAAAAUAAUUGAGAAAGGUGGUUGCUAAAUAAUACACCAUUGUGCAAAGUAAUUGAAACAAACAAUGGAUUUAGUAGUUUAUUGUACAAAACUCACAUAUAUGUACAUUAGUAACGGAUAUGACCUCUGAUAUUUUUAAGCAGCAUUUGAACAUGGUUUGGCAUGGAGUCUGCUAGUUUCGAACAGUCCCUGUUGAUUUUCGGGUCCCUGUACCACACUUGAAUCAGCGCCUGAAUGAGCUUCUCCAUAGUCAUACAGUCUACAGCAAGGAGGUGACUUUUGCAUAUAGCCCACAAAUUCUCAAUGGGAUUUACGUCUGGGGAAUUCCCUGGUCAAUCAAGUACCUGUAUUUGCUGCUCUGUCAUGAAUUUCUUCACCACUUUUGAUGUGUGACAGGGGGCUAGGUCCUGCUGCAAUAUCCCAGUACCGUCAGGGAUAUCUUUUCCAGCUCUGGAAUAACUCUCUUUAGUAGAACCUCAAUAUAUUGUGGCGAGCGCAUCAUUCCUUCUAUUGGCUGCAGGCUUCUGACACCAUAAUGACCAACUGACUUUUCGUGUUUAUUUUGAGUACAGCAUUACGAGUAAGAUAGAAAAUAUGCUUUGUUUCAAUUAAUUUGCACAAGGGUGUAGCAAAGGUGAGGUCCCUGGACCUAAUUAUUACCAUGAAGCUGGACAAAGGUGCAGGAAAUUUCUGCAGCUCAUACUUCAAGAGGGUAUAUGGUGCAAGAAAUUCCUCAAAGCAUAUUUCAGUGAAGACUGGUUUAUCUCAAAAACAUCAUUUUGAAUGUGCUUGAAGAAUGUGGGUCCAGUGGGGUCACAGUAACCAAGCCCAAAACUUUGUUUCUUACAUUUGUACUGCACACUUCCUCCAAAAGAGCUCGGGGCAACAGAUACACAGGAGGUUGUCCUAUUUUAUCUUUACAACAGCCCUGUGAGCCUUAUGCUGAGGGAUAGUGACUAGCUCAAGGACAUUCGGUAAUCUUCUUGGCUAAAGUGGGCAUUUGAACCCACAUCUCUCCAGUACAGAUCUCUAUUCAUCACCCCACAGUGACUCCACUGUAGAAACAUCUAGUCCAGGUCAGAUCUUGGACCAUGUCCUGUUUCCUCCUUGUUUAGGCAUAGGGUUGGAUGAGCCAGUCUGAGCCAAUGAAAUAAUUUGUUUACCAAUAGUGUGGCACAAGAAGACCAUAGGUGUCUCCAGGCGCUAGGUUGCAGCUUUGCAUUAGCACCUUUCUUGCACAAGAUACAUGACUUCCCGUUUGAUCAAUCAUAUAUAUAGCCCUUGAUAAAUGGGAUUAGAUGCAGGGCACCUAAUCUGAUCCAUCUGCUUCUUCCUCUGCACCGUUGCUCCGAGUGACCUCAAUCUCAGAAGAACAGAGUUGUUGUUACAGGCUAUUUAUGAGCACCUUUUGGCUCACGAUAUUCAUUCUAUACUGCCAGUGUUUCAUAGGUAAACACAGCCAUAUUUGUCAUGGUCUUCUUACUCUCUGUGUGAGACGGUAUACUGGUGAGCUGUCCACUGAUGCCUCAAAUGCAAUAUAUUGUUCAGGACACCCACAUUUAGGCACAUGUAUGUAUAUGCAUCUGACUGUGCAGAUUAGUUGAGGUCUAGGGUAGUUUUAAUCCUUCCCCCUAAUUCUGAUGUGCGGGCAGUGAGUGCCAUUGUUUAUGUAGCUAGAAUGUGACCACUCAUACUAAAAAAGGAAGGUAUCAACAGGCUUGGAAGUGGGGGAAUCAAGGUUUGAAGAAGGAUUGUUUUUAUAUAUAUCUCCAGUGGGGGGAAGUGAUACACAAAACAGCCCAAUGAGGACUGAGCAUGCUCAGUGGCCAUGGAAUGCUGACCGAUUCCUGGACCAGGAAGCAGAAUACUGAGUGGGAAAGGAACAUUCUCAACAAAAGCACUCCACAUAUUGUGUGUCUGCCCCUUAUGCCCUUUCUGGAAGCCAAUAUGAAAGUUUAAAGCUGCUGAGGCUCUAAGAUGAUUCUUUUAAAUAAGAGGCAGCUGAAAAUACUGAGACACACAAGCCUUUAGUUGACAUAAGGAAAGAAGGUGGGACAUAUCACUCUCCACUCGCGUAUACUUGUGCCUUCCUUUUAUUACACAACAAGCGGGAGCUGCAACAAAAUGUUGCAACGUGGAGUGUUCCUGUCAAGGACAUUACACACACACACACACACACACACAGAGAGAGAGAGAGAGAGAGAGAGAGAGAGAGAGAUGCCCAUUCCUUACAAAAGGUCUUCUAGUAUCAGUCUUUGUUUCUUUGUCUAAUGGUCAGUGUUCUGUACAAUGCAAAUCCCUAUAGGGCUUUAGUUACCUAAGCAUUUCCAUAAGCAGAUGAAUCGGUGGCCAGUUCAGGCAGAGUUAAACAUCUUCCAACAUUUAAAGGAAAUGUGAAAAUGCUCCCAAGGUAGACUGAAGGAAUGGAUCACUAUACACAAGCUCUCAUUAAGCCCCUUAGAAAGAAAAUAAUGCACAUUGCAAUCCCUCCCUAGUGGCUUUAAAACAUUUAUUUUCUUUGAACCUAGAUAUACUAGCUAUUUCCAGCUACAGUCCAAUUUUAAAAAAUAAAUGAAUAAAACAAAAAUGAGUAAAUAUGCUUCCCCUCAGCCUGCUGGGACAGGAUUGAACCUAGAAUAUUGUAUUUGGAAGGAAGUCACUCUCCCCAUUAAUGCAACACAGAGAGGGAAAUUAUGACCUUUCAGAUGUUGAGUUAGAAGCUCAUAUUGUAACAAUGCUGAGAUAAAUUAUAUCUACAUAUGCCAAGAGUUCUCCAUAUUGGAGUGCAAUAUUUUCUCAGUAGCAGUAUUCCUUUUUUAACCUGACCAAGUUAAUAAACAUGUUCUUAUUUGUUUCCCUGUUUGCCAUCAAUUGGGGACCUGGUUGGUAAGUUGUGUUAUUCUUGUUAUUAUUGCUGUUGUUAUUUUUAUUGGGGUGCUUUGAAUAUAACCUUCUAUCGUCUGUCAGUCUUCUGCUUUAUAUUUUGUUUGCUCUGCAUUUGGGCACCUCUUAAGAUAACUCAACAAAAUUUGGCAUCAUGGUACCUGAGAGCACAUUUUUAUCUACGUUUGGAUACAAUUCGAUUCCAUUUUGAAUCAAGAUGGUGAGCUAAAUCUUUCAAAACUGCACUCUUUUUUUAAAAAAAAAAUCUUAGGAUUCCCAAGCAGUGCCAGGUACAAGGCUGUAGUACUUAAUAAACUGUUUUUUAAAAAACACAUAAAUAACCCUUAUAAUGAGAUUAGUGUUGUAUGAACUCUGCUUGUCAAGUUUAAGAAGGCAUAUUUUAUUGCAAUUUAAGCUUUUCUCUGCACUGGAAGAAGGUCAAGGUUUUAUCCACCACCACUGCAAAAUAAAAGUCUUCAGUAGACUAUUUUUGUGUAGGUGAGGAGACACUACAGAUGUUACCUCUGUGAGGAGCAUUCCGGCACAGCUUCUGGCUUAAAUUAGUAACAUGGUUCUGCUCUUGCUAUGUUGUUUAUAUGUGAGAAGCUGAGGUAAAUGUUCUCAUGUUUUCUCUCUCCCUUCAACUUCACAUUCUGUCAACUGGAAGUACUGUUACCAAAAACUGGAUGUCAAAUGUUAACUAUGAAUCUUGGCUAUUGAAUAUUCAGUGGAUAUUUUACUUCAGAAGUCACAGUAGAGUAUUUAGGCAGCAAUCCUAUGCUCACUUCCUUUGGGAGCAAGCCCUGUUGGAUUCAAUAACUUCUAAGUAAACAAGUAUAGUAAUGUGAUGUUAGUGAAGUAACUUCUCUCAAAACUCUAAUAACCAUUACCUCAGAGAGGUGAUAUGUUGGUUUAUUAUUGUUUCUGAAGUGGUGAGGUCCAUGUAAAAACCCUUGACACAGAAGGACUGGGCAUUAGCACAGCAAGGUGUCUAAGAAUGCAGCCACACCAGUUGCUAAUGGUGGUAUUAAAAAAAAAUCCUUCAUGAAGAUUAGCCACCAUAUCUUUUUGAGUUAAAUAGUUCUUCAGCAGUUCCACAGUGAACCAUUCCUACUUUUCUGCACCACUCAUAAAUCAGUACCUUACUCCCUUCUACAAAAACAUUGUCAUGGUGCUGCCAUUUAAGAAUUUCAGGAAACUAGUAGCUAGUUCAUAUGGUUCUUUGUGUCUCUUCAACUGACAAUAAUAUGUCAUGGUGUGACUAGGUUCAGAGGUCUCCUCAGACUGCAUUCAGACACACUGGCGCAACAACUGCACUCCUCCCAGCUGUCUGGAUAUCAUGACUUAAGUACACAUCAGUGGGUUGCUGUUUUUAGUUGCAAUUUUGUUAAAACUCCCAAUAACCAUUACCUCAGAGAGGUGUUGUAUGUACUGGCAGCUGGAUAGAGGACACCACACCAACAACUGGUGCAUAUGGCAAUAUUGACUUUAACCUUGCAGUUUUCUGGGAAAUCUCCACACACUAUUUCAGCAUACGCAUUUGCAUUUUCUGCAACAUAUUUAGAGAGCAAUACACAUUCAUCACCCUAUGGCAAAAAUUCCAGAUGACUCAACAGAGCUGAGUAGCACCUUUCCUUAUUCGCUUUUUUACCACUACAUAAACCAGACGGUUUAGUUUCUUCAUAGGUAUCAGUGAGCCACCUAGUGGUGCUAAUUGUGAUGCAGCCUAAAAUAAUUGAGAUGGGUGUAUUUGACUCUGCCCUAUUCAUCAUUGUUCAGUUGCUGUGUAGUUUCGUCACAUUUUCGUUGGUUGCUUGGUUGUGAAAUUUAAAACGUGCCCAGAAUUAUUUGGGUGACAGGAGCAAAUUUCUUAACUACAAUUAUUUUAAAAAAUAAUUGACUUGAGAUAAAUGCAAAACAAAGUAUUGUUUUCUUUUUUAAAGUCUCCCCCCCCCCCCACUUUUCUCUUCAGUUUAAAUCAUUAUUAUUAUUUAUUGACUUUAUAUACCGGGUCUCAGGGCAGUUCACAGAAUAAAAUAAAGAUAUAAAACCACAAAAUACCUAAUAAAAAUAAAAACAGCAACCCAACCCCCCCCCCCAAAAAAAACAUUUUAAAGGGCAUAGGAUGUAAAUCGGAUUAACCAAAGGCCUGGUUAAAAAGAGCGUUUUUGCCUGUCGCCUAAAGGUGUAUAAUGAAGGCACCAGGCGAAUUUCCCUGGGGAGAGCAUUCCACAGACGGGGAGCCACUUCUAGCCUUGAUGGUUAUAAGACACCUCACCAUGAUAAUGUGCUUAUGGUUUAUUCCCUAUUUAAAACAAACAAAAAACACCCAGAAGCCACAUAAAAAAGACCCUAAAUCUCUUUUCGUUUUUACCAACCUUAUCAUUCUAAAGGCAUGAUUCAUGAGUUUUAAGCAUGUGGGAUUGGCAGGAGCGGACUGGUUUUGCAUACUGGCCGCAUGGGGCUUGUCUGUUUAUUCUGACACACACCCAGUUACUAUCCUGGUGCCUGCAAGGCCCUCCUCAACUAAAGGCUGUGUGUCUCAUCUACUCCUCCCUGCAUUGUUCAGUUCUGAGUGGGCCUGAGUUACUACAUCUUUUCGCGCUUUGCAAAUAUGAGAGUGCUUUGUUUACUUCACGGUUUUGAUUCAGGGCCAACUCAACUCACUUGCUUUUGUAAGCAUGUUGCAUAUGCACACAUAUUGUGUGGUUGGUUCAUGUUCUCACCAGCAGAUGCCAAGCUGGAGAAGGGGAAAAAAUCCGCACCCAAUAUAAAUUAACCAGCUUAACCAUUUUGCUUAUUUUCCCUUUCCAUUAGCAUUUUCACCUUGGGAUUAUUUUAGUAGCAAAGACUCAAAAUGUAAAUUGAGUGGCAAGAAAGACAUUAAGUUCAGGAAUAUGUUAUGGUAGUCACUUAUUGCUGAAUGGGGGGGGGGAGGAACAAGAUUUGCAUUAAAAUGGCAUGUGCUGAUUCGUAUAUACAGAUUCAAUUUUAGAAAUAAUUACCGUAAUUUAACUAGAAAUGCAGUACAUCUCACUACAGUGGGGAAAGACCUGGUGACCUGUGCCCUUUGUUGGCCUACUCUAUUGAUGGGCAACUUCAAAGCCCCUGCUCUCUCUUAUUGUGGGCCUUUAAUUUUUUUAAAAAAAAUUGGACUUGGCCCAGAUAGCUCAUCAAAUGAAAAAGGUGGACAGUCCCUUAGGAAGGAUACUUACUUACAAAGGUGAAGGAAUAAUAGUCCUGGAGAUGUGCAUGACCACAGGGAGUCAUGCUCAGCCUUCUUUUGGCUUAUAAAUCAGUGCUGCUCAUUUGAAUCACCUGAAUGUGAGAUUGUUUCCAACAGUGCCCCAUCCCCACACUUUUCAUCAGUUUACUUUGCUGCACAAUUUUCUUUCCAUUGUAGCCUAAUAGCAGGGCAGAGAAGAGCGGUGGGAAUAGUAAUGCUCUCGGUCCCUCUCCGCUCGCAACAUACACAGCCCUCAUCCUUUUUAUUGGACCGUGGUGGUCGGUACUGGUGGAGCAGAAGGCAGAGAGGUGUAGCCAGAGUCCAUGACAGGCAGCCCUGUCCCCUGAAUGGUUGUAUAAUAAGGAAGCAGGCUGAGGUUGGUGGGACAGAGUCCCAAUCACCCCUAUAGACCAGGCUCCACUGCUACUAGAUUUUAUUAGAAAGUUCAUCUGUUAUCCACAGUUCUCCUAAGAAAUUGCCUUAUACCAGGUCAGACUAUUUGGCCAUCCUAAUGCAGUACUGGCUCUCUGGGGUCCCCAGCAGAGACCUUUCCCUCACCUGGUACCUUUUAAUUAUAAGAUGCCAGGGUUGAACCUUCCACAUUCAAUGCCUCUGCUUUGCUACAGAGGUCUCUCCACAUUCUGGUUACAUAGGAGAAGUCCCGCUUCCAUUUGAGCAUGUUUUGGAUCAGUGGUUCAAUCAGGGCAGGACUUUGAGGCUGAUGUCCAGGGUCCCCAAACGCAGCAGGGCUAGCUUACCACAUUUGGUAGGAAGGGCACGCUACUGUCAUCUAAAGAUGGAGCCUCCGCAUAAGUCUAAAAUUACUGAACUAUGCCACUCUCUCCUGAGUUUACAGGACCUUGGAAUUCUUCUCUGUUGCAAAGCUUAGGGCAACAAGAUGGUAAAGAUUUCAACACACCUGUCAGGUGAACAUAAGAACAUGAGCAGAGCCAAUUGGAUGAGGCCAAUGGCCCAUCUAGUCCAACACCUUGUUCUCAUGGUAACCAUCAGGGCUUGCUUCCUUCUCUCAAAACUGGGGCCCCUUCCUAACAAGAAUGGGGCACAAGUUUAUCAAAACAAGAUACAGUGCACUGUUUAUGGGCUACGCUUGCUGUGUAGGCUUUGGACUACCAUUUCCCCAAAAGCCCAAAGCCAUUUCCCCAAAGCCUCCCAACCUAUUAUCAGAGAACAAGGCAGCACGUCACCAGGCUACUCUCAGCAGUUGUCUGGAAGAGGGUCAUUUGGGGGGGGUCAUUUCAGGAGAGAGAUGUUGCAUUGGUUUUCACAACCCAUGUCCCCUCAUGCAGCCUCACCUGCUGGAGCAGAAGCCAAAGAAGAAACGGCAGGAGGCUACUUCACUGGAGGCCAAGCCAAGAAAGACCAGAGUGAAAAAGCAGGAGGAAUCAAGCCCUGCGGAAGAGCCAAGUGCCCCCCGACCAGGUAAGGGACACAACCAAUGUUCCAGGUAUUGUGGUAGAUUAGCACAGGAAGCUGCCAUAUGGUGAUCCAGACCACUUGUUCCCAUAUCUGGCAGUGACUCUCCAAGGCCUUCCCCAAGAGUCUUUCCCAACCAUGCUACCAGUUAUGAAACCCUAUGUAUGCAAAGCCUGUGAUCUAAUACUGAGCAAUGGGCUCUCCCCUUUUCAGGUACCUCCCCACAGGAUAAUAUCCUACACCCCGCAGCCAAACCAGAAGUAUGGCAGUGUCAUCUCAAGCACUGGUACACAAACAAGUUUCAUGCCGGCCCUACUGCUGUCUCCAUCAGUCAGCAGGCACACAGGAGCUGGCUCAGGUGGCCGCAGUUUUCAUGGCUGGGUUGCAAAAGGUGAUUUAGGCUGCAACCCUAAUACCAGCCGCUGCCCAGAGGGGUUUAUGAUGGAGCCACAUCUACAACCCUACCAUGCACAAGUGGCUGGGGCAGAAGCUAAUUCUUUUUCCUCCAUGUGUUUGUUUUUUCCACUAUUUGCUGCUGAGGCGGCCAGAAGUAAACCCCCCGGGAAACAAAGGAGCUGGGGAGAAGUGCUUUUCAGGAAGGAAAGACUGGAAUGGGAUGAGCUCAGUUUCCUCCUCCCACUAGCUCCUACAAUACUUUAAAUACCCAUUUUGCAGGAAUUUGGUAUGAGCCCACUUAUGCCAUGCUCCUGGAGCACCUAGAAUCAUAGAAUCAUAGAAUCAUAGAGUUGGAAGAGACCACAAGGGCCAUCGAGUCCAACCCCCUGCCAAGCAGGAAACACCAUCAGAGCACUCCUGACAUAUGGUUGUCAAGCCUCUGCUUAAAGACCUCCAAAGAAGGAGACUCCACCACACUCCUUGGCAGCAAAUUCCACUGUCGAACAGCUCUUACUGUCAGGAAGUUCUUCCUAAUGUUUAGGUGGAAUCUUCUUUCUUGUAGUUUUCUCCUUUCUUGUACCUUUCCUCCUUACUUUCUAGGCAUGGUCCACAUUUUAAAACUCCAUGUACAAACACCACUUUUUUCUGCUCUGGAGCUUUCCCUAUGAAGACCCACUCUUUAAAACUGAAUUGGAGCAAAAUCUGUGGAAAGCCCGAAUAGCCGUUUGCUCUGGUUCAGCCAGUUUUCGCAGAGAAAGCUCCAGAAGAAAAGAAAGGGUGCUCGGAUACAGAGCUUUAAAGUGCAAACCUGUGCCUGGAAAGAGCAGGGAUAAGCCCUCAGUUUGGCCCUUGCCCUGAUGUUGCAGCCAUAGUGCAGUCGCAGUGUCCUAAUCUGCUUCAUCCAGGAGAGGGCAGAAACACAACAGGCAGGCAGCUCAGCCAGAAGGACAUUGCACACAGCCCCUCACACCACUGGCUCCUGUGAAAUUAUCCUUUUACCACAUGUAGCCAAAGCUUCCUGGUAUUCCUUCUCUUCAAAUGAGAGCACAGGGCAAACUCUUUCUGUUCUCACACAGGUAAGGUGUUUGCCACUCUCCCAAUGGCCCAGCUGUGAGAGCGCUUGUUCCCAAAACACCAGUUCUGUGAGUUACUUGGGGCUCCUCCAGACGACCUGUUUAUUGCAUCAAUCAUCCUGAUUUGCUUGCACAAAGCUUAUAUGAAGGUUCGGUUACAACUGCUCUUUAAUGAGCGUUGAUUAGCAUUCAUCUUGAUUUGCUUGCAGGAUGUUUUUCUGUCUUCUUUGAUAGUUGUUCAUUCAUUCUGUCACUUUCCAAACUACAACAGGUCUGAUGCUAUUUAAAAGUGGGUUUGUUAGGGAGACAGGACGCUUUAAAUGCAAUUCCCCAUUAUGUGCUAGAAUCCCUCCUGCAGAAUACUGACAGUCUUGGAGGCACCCUUGCACUUAUAAAAUGUGCAGCCUCACAAAUCCUAAGACUGGCUUUCAGACAGGCCAUUUUCACAUCACUGCACCCCUCCCCCUCAUAGAAACACAGGAAACUACCUUGUACCGAACCAGACCCUUGGUCCAUACAGCUCAAUAUUGUCUACACGGAUAGGCAGAGGUUCUCUGGGAUUUCAGUCAGGGAGUCUUUCCUGCAUGUAGAUCCUUCUGCAUGUAAAACUGAUGCUCUGCCACUGAGCUACAGCCUCCCUCCCUCCUGUUAUCUGCCAUUGUAUGCACACCCCUAGUGCUCUUUUCUCAUCCAUCCUGACUCUGGUGUCUUCUGUCAUAAGCGGCUGUCAAAAAAGUGAGAAAGAAAAAGGAAGAGAAGCCAGAAGAAGAAGGUGAGAAGGACCCACCUGCCAAAAGCACCAAAGAGCCCAGGAAGAAGAAGGAAGCUGCCUCUUCUCAUCUCGUUGUGACCAAGGCAUCAAAAAAGAAACAAGGUAAGAUGCUCCCCAUUCUGUGCUCCAGCCAGUGUUUUGAGCAGCAGCAGAGGAUGUUCCAUUUCCCCGCCUCUAAUUUCCAGCACUUGAAUGUUUUUCUUCAAGAGAUUUGAGGGGUGAGUGUGUUGAGGGCAGAGGCUGUUAUGCUAAAAGUCUCCCAGAGCAGAAAUACACAUGUCAAAGUUUCAGUUAUUCAGUGUGGCUGCCCAUUUGUCAUUAAAAGUGUGCAUUUCAUUUGUUCAUCCAUUGUUAUGGUAAAAAAAAUAAUGAAUGGGAAUUUGUGUGAAUGGAAAUGAAAUGAGCAUUCAUUCAUUCAUUCAUUCAUGGGAGCCCUUUUUCUUAAAUUGUUCUGCAUCAAAGAAAUAGGCUAGGACACUAUGUACAGUUCACAGAAAGGUCACAGAGACAUCUGUUCUGAAGCAAAAGAGGCAGAGGUGAAAUUAUUGAUAAAAUGAACAGUUAAUGAAACAUGAUUAGUAUUAAUCCAUAAGCAACUUGCCAGUCCUCUUUCCUCCACCACCACUACCUUUCUCUGUCCUGUCUUGCUACUCUCCUCUUCCUCCUUAAAACCUCUUGGAAUCUCUACCCCCUCCUUUGGGUUACCAUUACAGGGAGGUAGGUUAUAGCAACAAUGAUUGUUUAUGCAGUGUCAAAGUCCUCAGCUCCAAAACUAAAGGUAUAUAUCAAGGUGCAAUGCGACUAGGUUCUGUUCAUAAUAACAUUUGUAUCAAUUGAUGUGGUUUUUUCUUCUCAUUUCCCUUCCUUAACGGCUGUUUGUCCAAAUUUCAAACUUCUAGAGGACUCUGAUGAAGAUGAUGAUGAUGAUGAUGAAGAGGAGGAGGAAGAUGAUGUAGAAAGCGAAGAUCCUCCAAAAAAACCCAAAAGGAGGAUCCACAAAGAUGUUCCAUCUGCUGGCAUUAAGGAAAGGAAGCCCAAAAGUAAAGGUCAGUGGCUUUCAGUGGCCAUCUUUAAGCCAUAGAUACUGGCUGAAGAGUCACUUCCUAUUCCUUAGGAGCCCCUGGAAACCGUAAUUCUGUGAGGAAGACCAGGAAUCUUUCUCACAGUAGACAUCCAGAUGCCUGUGGGAAACCCACAAACAGGAUUCAAGCACAAGAGCGCUCUCUCCACCUUUGGUUUCUAGCAACUGGUAUUCAGAAGCAUCACUGCCUCCAACUGUGCAGGCAGAGCAUAGCCAUCAUGGCUAGUAGCCAUCAGUAGCCCUCUCCUCCAUGAAUGUGUCUACUUCUCUUUUAAAGCCAUCAAGCUUGGUGACCAUCAUUGCCUCCCGCGGGAGAGCGUUACACACACACACACACGGCACAUGACUUUUAUGUCCUGCAGGAAAUAUGGUUAAGGAAAGGCAUUUGAGGGUGAGCUAUAAUGGAGACUCAUAUGUUUUGCAAUCACCUCCCCUUUCUCAUCCUAUAGCCAUCCUUUUCCCCCUUCCCUUGCUUUCUGCUCAUCACCCAUAUGUUUAGAUUGAAGCCAGGCUCCAUCAACCACCUCCUACUGCCCCUGAACUAUUUCCAUUCCAGCUGGCCAUUGCAAGAAAUACUAUUUAUCUUAAAAUAAUUUGUGCCCAUGUCUGCUUUUUUCUUCUUCCCUCCUUGUGCCUUUCUCCUUUUGUCUCAUGACUUUUAGAUAACCCUACAGGCAGGGAGUGUCUUGUCUUGAUUGAUUCAGCCUUUUUGGCUCCAAGCGGGCACAAGAGCACUAAAUGAAUUAAAAACUCUUACCUUUCUUCAGCAAUGUUUCUCCAUUUUUAUUGUUUCCAUUCUUUGAGUCUCAUUGACUUCUGUUGCACUGCAUCUUCCAGGCACAGUCCUGCACUUUAAAGCUUUGCGUUCAAGAGGAGCUGUUGUUAUUGUUGUCCCAGCGCUUUCUCCAGGGAAACCUGCAUUUCACCACUGAAUCAGAGCAAGUGUUCAUCCACAGAAAACCCAAUUGUCAUUUGCCCCAAUUCAGCGGUAAAACGUGGGUUUUCCUGGGGAAAGCACCAAGACAACAAACAAACAAACAAACAACACUGCUCAGACAUGCAGCUUUAAAGCUCAAACCUUUGCCUAGAAACCUGGCAAAAAAUGAAGCCUGGAGGAGUCCCUGCUGUAUCCUCCUCUGCCCCAUCUGCCCCAAUCCAUCUCCCUUGACUGUUCUCUCUUCAGCCACUUUCCAGUUGCUGUCUUUUCCAACCUCUUGAUGAAACCCUUUAUUGAUCAUUUCCCCCUUGGACAGGAGACAAAGCUGAAGCUGAUGUCAAGACAAGAACUGUCAGGACGCUGAAGAAGGAACCAGUGUCUGUCUUCCAAGUCAAUGGGGACAAGAAAGAGAAAAAAGUUAAAAAGAAAGGUGAAACACACACACACACACACACACACACACACACACACACACCACUGAGAUCUGCUUUGUGGUUCCCCCAGCUCCACCCUCUGCAGGAUUCCCUUUAGCUGUUGGUGACCAUACAUUUAAAGCAGCAUUAUACCACUUUAGACAGUCAUGGGUUCCCCCCCAGGAAUUUUAGGAGCUGUAGUUUGUUAAGGAGCUGUAGUUUGGGAUGCGGGUGACGCUGUGGGUUAAACCACAAAGCCUAGGACUUGCCAAUCAGAAGGUCGACAGUUCAAAUCCCCGCGACGGGGUGAGCUCCUGUUGCUCGGUCCCUGCUCCUGCCGACCUAGCAGCUCGAAAGCACGUUGAAGUGCAAAUAGAGAAAUAGGUACCGCUCCGGCAGGAAGGGAAACGGCGUUUCCUUGUGCUGCUCUGGUUCGCCAGAAGCGGCUUAGUCAUGCUGGCCACAUGACCCGGAAGCUGUAUGCCGGCUCCCUUGGCCAAUAAAGCGAGAUGAGCGCCGCAACCCCAGAGUCGGUCACGACUGGACCUAAUGGUCAGGGGUCCCUUUACCCUUUACCUUUAGUUUGUUAAGGGUGCUGAGAGUUGUUAUUCUUCUCAAAUAAUUUGGGUCUCCCAGGGCAAAACUGCACAGUGGUUUUGGGGCAGUGGGGGGGGGGAGCUACUGGAGAGGACCUUCCCCUAGCACUUCUCUGCUCUAGAUGGUACGCUACUGAGGUGGUGUUUCCAGGCUCCUCACCACCACCACCACAAAGGCUAAAGGGCUCUUGUUAUAAGGUGUUUGUGUAACAUCAAGUUUGAACUUUCAAGGUUCCAGAGGAAGGAUGAUCAAAGUCCCACCCCACCUUCCUUAGGACUACAUAACACUUGCAUGCCCUGAGGGGGUGGCAGAAGAUCCAAAAGACCAGAUCAAAGAGCUUGUAUCUUCAGAGAGAACUCUCUGUUCUGUAUUUUGUAGCAUUUGCAUUUUAAAUUGCAAACUACCUUAAGGUGCUUUGGCAAAAAUAAAUGAAAUGAAAAAGGACAUUUAUAAAUGGGUCAAGCAAGCAUUCUGUGCUAUAAUCUCCCCUCUCUAAAAGCUAAGUUUGCAUGGAUGCCAUGGUGCCAUGCAAAGAUAAAUGAACUAGGGAAGGAACCAAAAUGUUUAUUUAGAGCUGUGUAGUGAAAACCAAAACAAUUCUGGUAGCCUCUUAAAGAAGGCAUAAAGAAGCUUAUGCCAACCUGGUGCCCUCCAGAUUCUCUGGACUACAACUCCCAGGAGCUCCAGCCAGCAUGGACAUGGUAGCUGGGGUUGAUAAGAAAGACUCUUCCACCCCCCACGCAAGUCUAAGUAUGUAUUUUUGUUCCUAGUUUGAGGCAUGAGAAGGCUCCAAAACUUUGAGUGAGGAAGCAACCAAGCUCCAUUAUUUAGAAUGAAGGUGUGGAAUUAUUCUAUUGCCAAUGCCUAUAUUUUGCAAAUGCGAUGUUAAGGAACACUCUUCUGCUAAUCAGCACUUCCUGAGGGUUUGGGGGGAGACCCAGUGAUAUCCAUUAGGCAGGGGUCAGCAAACUUUUUUUGGAGGGGGCUGGUUAUCCAGUCUCCCAGACCUUGUGGCGGGCCACACUGCGUGCGCGUGGCAGAAAUGUCUUCUUUUUUUUUUUUUUUAAAUAUUUUAUUAAGGAUUUUCUUGUUUUACAGAAGUGUAGUGCCUCGUAUUUUUUUUCCCAUGUAACAUUUUUACAAAUCCGUUUCAUUUGUUGAGGCAUUAGGGGGAGAAGAAAAAAGAAAAGAAAAAGAAAAGGGGGGUGGAGAGAGGGAAGAUGGAUGGGGGUGGGGUCGGGUGGCGGUGUUUCUAUUAUGUUUAAUGUAUGUAGAGUUUGGUGUCAGCGUUGCUUGUGUUGUUCACUUGUGUUCCUUUGGUGGUGAGAGAGGUUGGGGUUGGCCUAGGGUGUGAUUGUUUGCUUGUGAUUGGCUGUGGUGAUCUUUGUUUUCGUGUGUGAGUGAGGUGGGUGGGUGUUUUGGAUCAGGUUAGCCAUAUUGAUUUGUAUGCUGUUGGUGGAUUAUUGUCAUUGUCCUGUUGGGCUGUGUAUGUGAUAAAUGGGAGCCAUACCGGGGUGAAGGCGUCUUCUUCUGUUUGUCCCCGUGUCAGUUUCAGUUUAUUAGUUAAUUUUUCUAGUAGGGCUGUUUCCCAUACUAUUUGGUACCAUUGGUCCAUGCUUACUCCUGACAGGUCUCUCCAGUGUCUGGUUAUGGUGUUUCUGGCUGCUGAGAGCAGGUGGGUUAUGAGUUCUUUGUGGUGUAAAUGGGCAUUGUUGUCUUGGAAGAUGUUUAGUAGGGCCAAUUCUGGGGUGAUGUCUAUUACUUGCUUAGUUAUUUUACAUAUUUCUUGUAUGGCUGUUGUCCAGAAUAGUUGGAUUUUGGGACACUCCCACCACAUGUGGAGGUAUGUGCCUGUGGAGGUGCACCCUCUCCAGCAUUUUGGUGAGGUUCCUGGGUGUAUUAGCGCUAGUUUCCUUGGUGUUAGGUACCACCUGUAGGUGAGUUUCAGUGUGAGUUCUUUUCUUUUCGUUGAUAUGGAUUUAAAGGGGGUUUAGACCACAUUCUGGUCCAUUGAGUGGGGUUAAUCUCAUAACCUAUGUCAUUCUCCCAUUGUUUUUGAUUGCGUCUAGGGGAUUUACAGGAUUUUGGAGUAGUAUUUUGUAUAUUGCGGAUACCGUCCCUUUACCGUUUCCCUUUGUUGUUAGGAGGAGGUUUUCGAAGGUUGUCAGGGGCCUAGUUGCUGCUGAUUUUACUGUUGGGUUGUUUAAGAGGGCAUGAAGUUGGUGUUGUGUUAACCAGGGCAUUUGGGUGUCUUCUAGUUUGUCUUGUAUUUCUUGUGUUGACAAGGGUUUGUUAUUUUUAUAAAAGUCUAUUAGGCGAUAUAAGCCUUUGGUUCGCCAGGUUUUUAUCUUGAGGUUUUGUGCUGCACGGUGGAAUAAUGGGUGGUACGCCAGGGGAUUAGUGGGGAUGGGGUUGGGGAUAGUUUGCCUAUUUGUGUUUUCCAUGCUUUGAGCAUGGUCUGUGUGUACCUGUUAAGUGUUGUGGGAAUUUUCUUUAGUUUGUUUGGGAGGAGUGGGUAUGUUGUGGUGCAGGUGUUUUCAAUUGUGUCCCUCUCUAGGUGUACCCAUUGUUUUGUCUCAUCUUCUAGUAUAUAUGGGAUUAUGUGGCGUAUUUGGUUGGCAUUGUAAUAUGCUUCUAUGUUGGGGAUUCCCCAUCCUCCUUCUGAGGUGGGGAGGUGCAGGUAUUUGGGGCUUAUUCUUGGUUUUUUAUGUGAGAAGAUGAAAGAGUGUAGUUUUCUCUGCCAACUGCGAAGUUGGGUUGAGGGGAUCCAGAUUGGGGGCAGAAAUGUCUUCUCUCUCCUCCUCCUCUACGCAGGGCGGGGAGAAGGGCGGGGAGAAGCCGGGAGGAGGGAGGGAGGAGGCACCGCAGUGUGUGAGAAGGAGAGGGAGAAAUGGUGCCCCCCAAAAACGGCGGCACAGGGGGAAAAAAUAACGAACAGAAUCUACGCGAUCCAUGGACCAUCCGUGGGCUGGAUCCUGAGGGCAAUUAGGCCAGAUCCAGCCCGUGGACCAUGGUUUGCUGACCCCUGCAUUAGGAUAUAGCCAGAUAUCAUUACCAAAAAUAAAAUACAGCCUAAUUCCUUUCUACAAUUUAAAAACCUUGCUCUUCACAACACUAGAUCUGAAAGAUAGUGAGACAGAAGGUGAUUCUGAUUCUAGCACCAAGCCAACAAAAACUGAAAAAAAGAAGAGCACAGCUUCCAUGUUUCAGGCUGGGGCAGAAGGUGCCAAGGAGAAGAAAACUAAAAAGAAAGGUAGGUGCAGCAUCAGCCCCUUUCAAACAGUGAGCAGGGUAAGGAGAUGGAGCAAGAAGGUACAUUCGGCUAAGACCAAAACACAGUCAUUGCAGCUGGUCCAGCAACUUUAGCUAAUGCAGAAUGCUGCUGCCCCACUGUUGACAUGCUCAGAUAAUAAUAAUAAUAAUAAUAAUAAUAAUAAUAAUAGUUACUGUAGCCUGACCUUGGUUGAUGCAAUUAUGUUCAUUAAUUUGUUAACCCCCAGAAAUAAGCAGAGUUGUCUUACAGUUACCUUGUAUCCAUUAAUGGUUUGUGUUCUAAAAGGAAAUUUUAUAAUCGCUAUGGGGACUUCAUAAAAUGUAUGGACCCCCACCCCCCACUUCACAGAUUGAAUACAGAAAAGUCCAAGUCAUCAGGAUCCUAGACUAGAGAACAAGAUGCUGGACUAGAUGGGUCUCCAACCUGCUCCACCAGGACUCUGACAAAGGCCAGUCUGGAUACUCACUGGGUGGCCACUAAGCAGAGUGUUCUUUUUUUCCUCCAGCUCCUCCCAAAGCCACUGAAAAUGAAAGUGAGGAUGAGCCCACAGAAGCAGUAGCUCAAAAGAACACCAACAAGAAAGGAAAAACAAAGAAAUCCAAGAAGGUAGAUAGCUGGGAAUGCUCCUAAGGGGCAUGUGAGGGAUUCAAAAUCCCCUUUGAAAGAAGGUGCUUUGUGAAAGUCAGAGCAGUUUCUUUAGCGAAGUCAUUUCUUGUGGGGGAGGGACUACAAAUCUUUACCAAAAGCAGGAAUAAAGCUAUGGUGUAUUAUUAACAGUGCUAGCCACCUCUCUGCAUUGAAACAAAGGCACUGUACAGGCACACUGUCCACUUCCCCAGCUUGUCUUCCUCAGUUUUCUUAAUAUAGGACCAGCUUCCAGAAUAGACAAUUAAAUUACAGCUGGGGAAGCAAAUUUCCAGCCCAGGUUGCAACCUUGUUCACCUUUGCUGCUGUCUCGCUUUUCUAUACGACAUUCCUGAUCUGAGAAACCAACCAUGGAUUCCCUGAUGGGGAGGACAUGUGAUUUCAGAGAGUGCGCCAGUCUCAGUUCACACAGAGACCAGCCACUGUUGCCCCUUAAACCUCCUUCCCAGUGCAACCUGGCCCUUUGUCCCAGGAUGCUCUGCUCAGAGAAUCCAGGGGUCACACUUGAGUUUUUUAAGCAAGUGGAAUUUAGGUAGCAGGAGAUCUACUGCAACAGACCGCGGGGCAGGGAAACUAGCCAACCAAGCAACCAGGAUAGACAUGGUUGGGGAUGAGGCCAUAUAUGUGAUGAUGCUGAAGAAGAAAAAGAAACACAAACACAGCAGGUGACUAGUGGAGGUCAUGCUGGAAAGCCUGGGGCAGAACAAUGUCCUUGAAACAAACCUCCCUUCUCUUUCUUGGUGCUGGACUGUAGAAGGAAGAGAGACCGCCUUCCCCAGUCAUUGAAGUGGACAAUCUGGAGGAAUUUGUGCUACAGCCAGCUCCGCAAGGAGUGACCAUCAAGUGCCGGGUCACUCGAGACAAGAAGGGGAUGGACCGGGGCCUCUAUCCUACAUACUACCUUCAUUUGGAUAAUGACAAAAAGGUGAGUUGCUCAGUGGGAGUGUUGCCUUUUGUGCAGAAACAGAGAUGGCCCUGCAGCAAAGCCACUUAUAAGGAUGGGUAAAAAGGGCUGAUAAAUAUAUCCAUCUUGGUAGAGAUCCUAUGUCAACUUCUUUUCCAAGGGCCAAACAGGUUGCAUGCAUUAAUCACAAAACAUGCGCUCUCUCUCUUUUGUUAUGUAUGUAGAAGCUGCUGGGGAAGCCUGAGCGGCCUCAGAGCCAUAGGGAAAGGAGAAAGGAAAUUCAACACACACUCUCCCAAGGCUGCUCAAGUUUUCCCUUGCUUGGAGAGGCACACACAGCAAUCUCUUCUCACAAGUGCAGCUGUACAUAGGGGAGGAAAUGGAUCAAACUACUCUUGAGAUAAAAAAAUUUAAGCUGAUUUCCAUUCCUAUCUACAGAAUGCACACAACUCUGGAAACGGGAGCCUCGGCCCAAUUUGUCUCUGGCAAACCAAUAUGCGCUCACUGUUGCUGUGGCUCUUUGGCUUCUCUUCUUUCUCUAAUUGUGAAACGGAGCUAUUUCACAAUUUUAAAGACUCUUAACAAGAGGAAACCAGUAAUUAAACCCCCUCCACCCCUUGUGCACAGAACAGAAACUGCCUAAUGAAGGGGGUAAUUUAUCCCUAAUGCUGAAGCAACUAGAGAUGGAAGCGGCAAGAAGGAUGCUUCUAACUAAAGUCUCCGGAGAUGUUUGCCAAAUGGGACUUACCGUACUUUUAAGAAAACUUCAUGGGGAUGGGCGUUGCCAGAUAACACAGUUCUGUACUAAGUACCUUGUGGCACAACCACCUAAAUUCAUUUCCCAUCUGUGGAAAAGUAAUGCCUCAGCAGCCCUAAAGGCAUGUAGCGUGGAAGCUACCUGAGGACUUAAAAUAACAACAACAACAACAACAAUUGUGGAUGGAGCUCGGGAUUUUUGUAUGCAUUACAGUCAGAAACUGCAGCUGUCGUUACUUCCACCUGUCUCUUGCAGGUCUUCCUACUGGCUGGUCGCAAGCGCAAAAAGAGCAAGACCUCUAACUACCUGAUUUCCAUGGAUCCCACUGACUUGUCUCGGGAUGGAGAGAACUUCAUUGGAAAGCUGAGGUUAGGCUUGACAUUAAGAUGUGGUUCAGACAUAACAGGACACUCUGCAGGGAGCAAUGCCAUCACACAACAUAGGGUUCCCUUUAAAUACAGGAAGGCUGAUAAAAACAAGCUAGCUUUUGUGUCUGGGAAAGAUUCAUUUCUGAUUGGUUCCCAAUUUCUGUCUAGUUGGGGCACAUUUACACAGAAGGGAGCCAGUGAGAUAGCCUUUUAGUUAUGGCCCUCCAGAUGUUUCCAGACUGCAACUCCCAUCAUCCCUGAGCAUUGGCCAUGCUAGCUGGGGCUGAUGGGAGUUGGAGUCCAACAACAUAAAAAAGGGUCUCAAAUUCCCCAUCUCUGCGAUAGAUGGCUUGCUUUAUGCAUUUUGUUGCUGCAAGGUGCCACGAACUGGGAUUUCCCUGCUUGGAAUUACUCCAAAAGCAACUCUAAUUAUUAAGGAGGGAACUCUCCACACUACAAUAUUUUGUUGCAGGUCCCACUGGUUAUUACUAUUAUUGUGUAUAGGUAAAGGUAAAGGGACCCCUGACCAUUAGGUCCAGACGUGACCGACUCUGGGGUUGCGGCGCUCAUCUUGCUUUAUUGGCCAAGGGAGCCGGCGUACAGCUUCCGGGUCAUGUGGCCAGCAUGACUAAGCCGCUUCUGGUGAACCAGAGCAGCGCACGGAAACGCUGUUUACCUUCCCGCCAAAGCCAUACCUAUUUAUCUACUUGCACUUUGACGUGCUUUCGAACUGCUAGGUUGGCAGGAGCAGGGACCAAACAACGGGAGAUCACCCCGUCGCGGGGAUUUGAACCGCCGACCUUCUGAUCGGCAAAUCCUAGGCUCUGUGGUUUAACCCACAGCGCCACCCGCGUCCCUAUUAUUGUGUAUACAGCACCAUAAAUGUGCAUGGCAAUUUACAGUGUUGCAUGGCUAAAGUCCCACAUUUUCAGUGCUACUUUAGCUUAUUUGGGCAGCCCAUACUGACCUCCCAAGUAGCAGGAUUGCAAACAAGCUUAUAUGUGAGGGGAGGGGGAGGGUAGUCUUUGCAUAUUUACAUUGCAGAUGGUGCUCACAGGUAAAUCAAAAAAGUCCAGAACACAGGAAGCUGCUUUAUGCAGAGUCAGACCAUUGGUCCAUCUAGAUUAAGUGAUCAAGCAGUCUUUGCCAGCCCUGCCUGGAGAUGCUGGGGAUGGAACCUGGGAUCUUUGGCAUGCAAAGCCUGAGCUUGCCACCAAGUUACAGCCUCUCCCUUAAAGUGUGGCCUCUCUUUCCCCUGGUGCUGAGAUUUGUCAAUAAUUACACCCCUAGCCCAGCAAGCCAGACACACCCUGUUAUCAGAUCUGGUAUCAAGAUUGUCCCUCGGGGCAGGGCAGAAGUGGUUUAGCCGGUUCUUAUCCAGAGGAGAGGCAUGUCGCAAUUUAAUAGGCCUGGGCAUUUGGAAAUACUGAAGAUGCCCUGAUUGAGUGACCUUUCCAUUCCCUUCUUAUCCCAUCCCACUCCCAUAUUCCCUCCCUCUCUUACACACUCACAUAUAUAGACUAUACCCACAUUGAUGCAAAGUAUACCUGGUUAACUCAAUGUUAUGGUGUUUAUUUUAACAGAAAAGGGGUAAUUGUGCAAAGGGGUUCCUUGACUCUGAAACCCUCAUCUGCUUUGCCUGAUUGCUGUGGUGGUUUUUUGUUUUUUGUUUUGCUUUUAGAUCCAAUUUGAUGGGCACUCGGUUUUCGGUGUUUGAUAAUGGUGUGAAUCCUGACAGAGCAAAUUCGGAUUGGUCAAAUGUGCGCCAGGAGCUUGCAGCUGUUGUUUAUGUAAGGAACCGCAUUGUGCCACUCCAUCUUUUCUAGCCAUAAUCUCCUGGGCAGCUGCUUUCAAUGGCUAGAAUAGGGGUCAGCAACCUUUUUCAGCUGUGGGCUGGUCCACCGUCCCUCAGACCAUGUGGUGGGCCAGACUAUAUUUUGGAAAAAAACAUGAACAAAUUCCUAUGCCCCACAAAUAACCCAGAGAUGCAUUUAAAAUAAAAGGACACAUUCUACUCAUGUAAAAACACGCUGAUUCCCGGACCGUCUGCGGGCUGGAUUGAGAAGCUGAUUGGGCUGCAUCCGGCCCCCAGGCCUUAGGUUGCCUACCCCUGGGCUAGAAUAUGCUUGUGGGUAUCUUUCCCAAGGGAGGCUUGAGAACUCUUUGUCUGCUGUAAAAACUGUUCCCGAGUGGAACAGAGUCUUAAUGCCAACCGGUUAGUGUCACCCAAUGAAGGUAAAAUCUGCAGGAUCUACAUUGCAUGGAGUGGCUGGGGAUAAUUCAAGGCUGGGGGUGGAGUUAUGCUUGUCAUAAAUUGAUGCCUUUUCAAAUCUAACCUAGAUGUUUCCAAGGCAUGUGUUACAUUAGCCAAGUCCCUGUCCAAUCCGCUUACUUUUUAAACCACCCUGCCAUAUUUCAGUCCAGCCAAGAGUGGUCCCUUAUCCUCUGGGAACCAAAAAGGUAUCUAUAUCCACAGACAGGUAAAGCAAAUGCUGCAGCUGGCACAAGAUUCACCCGACUCCAUUAUUGCGGACAUGAAUGCUCCAGGGCUUCUCUCAAGGCACAUGCCCUUAUAAGAAUGGUAGUUGGUUAGGAGUUGCUUGGAAUUAUAACUCUGAUAGGGUUAAACUGCACUACCCAGAAUUCUUAGAGGGGAAAUAAUAAGCAAUAGUGUUUACCUAACAGAACAAUCAUGUUUGCCAUCUCCAGAUGCAAGCACCUUCAUAUCAUCAAUAUCUCCUCCAUUCUCUAGGCUAGGGACAGGCAGAAGAUAGAUCCUGGCCCUGAAAACAAAUUAUUGAGCUGAGCAGCAUGUGCUCAGAGGCACCCUGUUCUUUAAUUUUAAAUGUACCGUAUUUCUUCUCUCCUGAGUCACUAUUUUGCAUCUGACUGCUUGGUGGACCUUGGGUCUUUAUUAUUAUUUAAGUACUUUUUAUUAGUUUUUUUCCCAGAUAUACAAAUAGUUCUGAGCUAGAGUGUAUUGUCAAACAGCCAUUCUUCUCCAUACACAAAAUAAAUUGUGAAGCAUAUAAUAAAAACAUUCUUUAAACAAACAACACAAAACCUUGGGGGUUUUAUUUGAGAGAAGAAAGGUAGAUCCCACAUGCUGACAUUUGAUCAUCACUGGCAAAUACUCUUGCCAGGCUAAGAAGGCAGGGAAAGGAAGGGUUUUGUUUAAAAAACAACAACAGUGGUAUCUAACUCCUUUUCAGGUUAUAGCAGGUUAUGUUUUAUAUGUUGGGAGGAUGCAACACUACCAUGGCAAAGCUAUAGCACAAGCUUGAGACUGACAGAAUAGCUGCUUUAAGCUGUUACGAAUCAGUUGGUUUGGGGGAAUAUAAACAAAUUCAUAAUGUUUUGAGGAUAUGUGACUGUGAUUGAGUUAUAAGCGUUCUGGGUUUUCUGUUUCAGGAGACAAAUGUAUUAGGGUUCAAGGGACCUCGAAAAAUGACAGUGAUUAUCCCUGGAAUGAAUUCAGACAAUGAGAGGGUGCCAAUCCGACCCCGAAAUGUAAGUUACCAACAUGAUAAGCAUCUACAACACACUCCUAGAGGCCAUCUGGGGGAAAGGGAGAUGGGAGAUUUUGAUGCCUAAGUGCCAGCACUGUGGUCUCCAGCCAGCCUGGCACCACCAAUGGAACAAUAAAAAGGGCCCCCAGGGCCAGAGGGGGCAGGGACCUCCUUUCAAAAAAUAUGAGCAACUAAAAUUAGGAGGGGCAGAAGGCCUUGGUAGGAUUGGCAGGUGUCUCUCAGUGCUGUGUACACACUUGGGGUAGAAUACACCUAACAAGUCCCCUCAGUGCAAACCGUGUGAGGUCUUCCGCUGUCACAAAGGGGGCUUUCCCCCUCUGUCCUCUCCCUGCAGGCCCUCCCCCCAACUGGCUCGGAGGCGUCUGAAGAAUCCUCAGAACAGGGGAAGGAAAAGGGAUUAUUCCAUCUAGGCAAGUUGAUAUCCUUGCACUGAUGGGAUGUUCACCAUAGCAUGACACCCUUAAUAUACUGGAACCUUAAUAUCCUAUCAUGAUAGGAUGUUCCUAGUGCUACCCAAUCACUGCUUUGCUAUUUUAAGUUACAAGUGGAAUUGCAAGUGAUUUUCCACAUUCAGAGUCCUGAACCUUUGUUUUGGCCACACUGGUGGCCUUGAGGAAGCUGCGAUAGUUGGGUCCAUUUGCAUCUCAGCCCACAUUCAGUAUAACUGUUGCAGUGGGUGCCAUUUAUGACCCUGGUUUUAUUUUAUAUUACAGUGGUACCUCAGGUUAAGUACUUAAUUCGUUCCGGAGGUCCGUUCUUAACCUGAAACUGUUCUUAACCUGAAGCACCACUUUAGAUAAUGGGGCCUCCUGCUGCUGCUGCUGCUGCUGCACAAUUUCUGUUCUCAUCCUGAAGCAAAGUUCUUAACCCGAGGUACUAUUUCUGGGUUAGCGGAGUCUGUAACCUGAAGCGUAUGUAACCCAAGGUACCACUAUAUUUCUUAAUCAGUCCUCUCAUUCCCACAUAAAAAAAAAUAAUGAAAGUGAGGUAUAACACUAUAAUACUAUACAGUGGUGCCCCGCAAGACGAAUGCCUCGCAAGACGGAAAACUCGCUAGACGAAAGAGUUUUCCGUUUUGGAGGUGCCUCGCAAAACGAAUCUGCAAUGGGCUUGCUUCGCAAGACGAAAAUGUCUUGCGAGUUCCUGGUUUUUUUUUUUUCCUUUCCCCCCUCUUUUUCUAAGUCGCUAAGCCGCUUAUCUGCUUAUCUGGUAAGCUGAUAAGCUGCUAAAAGCCGCUAAAAGCCGCUAAAAGCCGCUAAUAGCGCUAAUAGCGCUAAUCCGCUAAUCCCGUCAAUGGGCUUGCUUCGCAAGACGAAAAAACCGCUAGACGAAGACACUCCCAGAACGGAUUCUUUUCGUCUUGCGAGGCACCACUGUACAUGGCCCCUUAUCUCUGGGAACCAGAAAGGUAUAUCCACAGACAGAUAAACCAAAUGCUGCAGCUGGCACUGAAGCGUGUUUGGAAAUGAUUUAAUUUUGUGCUUUUCUCACAUUUCUUGCCAGGAUAAUGAUGGGCUGCUCAUCAGAUGGCAGAACAGGAUAAUGGACAACUUAAUUGAACUGCAUAACAAAGCCCCAGUGUGGAAUGACGAGACCCAGUCUUACGUGCUCAACUUCCAUGGCAGAGUUACUCAUGCCUCUGUCAAGAACUUCCAGAUUGUCCACAGCAAUGACGGUAAGUCCUAUGGAAUCCUCUUGGCCCAUAAGACUGAAGGCAGACCUCAAAGAAUCAUAGAACUGUAGAGUUGGAAGAGACCACGAGGGUCAUCUAGUCCAACCCCCUGAAAUGAAGGAAUCUGUGACCCAACGUGGGGCUUGAACCCACAACCCUUAAAUUCUCAUGCUCUACUGACUGAGCAAUCCUACAUUGUGCUAACUUAGGAGGUCAACCAGGAUUGGCUCUGGAAUUAUUGCUACUCUAGGCAAUAAAAUGUGUGGAGCAAGGUAGUCCUUGUAUUAUACUCUCCAUUUCAACAGACAGCUUGUAAUCUGAAGAGAGAUGGGGCAGAAAGGAAAGGUAUAAUGACAGCGUCAUUAUAUUACCUAUGUUGGGGUUUGCUUUUCUCUCACAUUUAUGCUUUGCCAAUAAAUUGCUUGGGAUGCUGGUUCAUUGUUAACAAUAGUUAUAGAACCAAUCAGAUUUGGAGACAAGGCAUGCAGAAAGCUGGAUAAGCAGACGCUUUUGACUCAGAUGCUAGCUGAGUGUCAAAGCAGACUUGAAAUUGUGUCUGCUGUAUGAGGGCUGUGUGGUCACACAAUGGCUUCAAAAGGACUGUUUGCCACGCAUAAUAGCAUGCUCAGGCGACCGCUUCAUGCCUGAACCACACAUCUAUCUGUGGCAUAGUAGCCACUUGAAACUGCAGCUGUGUGAAACCAACACUCAGGAGGAGGUUCAGAUGAGAGAGUUUUAUGGUGGCAUGUUGACAAUCUCUGUGAUUGCAUGGGAAGCUCUUUUCCAUGAAUGACUUGCCACAUGGAGUUGCCUCUGUGCAAUUGGUUGUGUUUCCUCCCCCAAAUGCCAACCACCUCACAGAGUACAUGUGUGGACCAGGACUUACCUAAAAAGAAAAGGCAGCAGAGUUUGGAAAUAAGUUGUCUGAGUUGUUGUGUAAUUUAGGCCAGAGGAAACCAGAAUGUCCACUUUCCAGAUACAAGGAUACCUGACCUAUCUGCUGUGAGAAGAACCUUCCUGAAGCCUGUACUCUGUAAUCACAAUUUGGGAAUGUGUUGAGUUUUACAACCAGACCUGAAUGAGCCACCAAACUCUCUAAGGAGUUUGCCUAAACGUAGACAGGAAGGGAGGCAUGCACAAAUCAUCCACGAGAGGGAGCAUGACAGUCAGAAGACAGGAAUAAUAAGGGUUUGGGUUCCUUGCUAAGCCCCUUGGAUCUGCUGAAUGACUUGGAGCCAAGCUUUUGUCUGGUUUUGUCUCUGUGUUGUUGGAAUUCUUCCUGGGUAUGCUUCAAAGUUUUGAGUGUUAAUUUAUGAGACACUCGUAAACUCUGAUGAUGUACACAAGGUGUUCCUGAUUACUCAAAAUAGUCAUCCAGUUUCUGAUGGGGCUAAUCCAAAAUGGCCAAUAACGGGUACCACUUGGGCACUAAUUGCCCAAUUGAUGUAGCCUCCAACUCAAAAGAACUGUUCUGGCAUUUUCCAUUAGACAUGAAAUACCUUGGGGUACAAGAUGCCAAGGACUGCAUUGAUUUCACUCAAGAGGCACGUGCAAAUAGUGUUAGACUUCUUUAUGUAAUAAAAAUCUAAAGGGUUAGUGUUGAUAUUUUGAGUUAGCAUAUUCUAUAGGCAGAACAAGGGAUUCCAGGAUCCCUUAUGCCUUUGAUGAUGAUUUGGGUCACUUACACAGCUCAUAAUAUAAGUUUUCCUAUGCCUCUAUGAAACCCUCUAAGGAUAACAGCAAAUACACAAUAAUUGAUCCAAGGGUGACUAAGCUAAGAUCCCCUGAUCUUGCCAAGGCCUGCCAACUACGGUAGUUUUCAAGCUCUGAUUCAUCCUUGAACGUACUAAUCAGAAGUGCAAUUCAUUUAGGGGUUGCUAAAUGAGAUAAUAUGGGAUGAAUUUACUAAAUAAGAUCAAAAUUAAGACUGGGGUGGACUUUGAUAAUCUCUGGUAAUAUGGUGCCUUGAGAAAGACCAAAAUUUGGUGCCCAUAAACAGAUCAUCAUCAUCAUCAUCAUCAUCAUAUUUGUACCCUGCACACCUGACUGGGUUGCCCAAGCCACCUUGGGAGGCUUCUCAAUUUUGUGCCCCCUGUCAGUGUUUGUAAAAAGCAAAAAAAAAGAAGGAAAGGGUUCUGACCUCCCUUUGUCUCCUCAGCCUGGUCCUCGGACCCUUGUCAGCACAAAAGAGUCCACGAGAAUAUCCUUGCAGAGUUUUAUUCUCAAAAGUCUUUGUGCAAAACACGACUGAAUAACUAUACACACCAGCACUAACCAACCAACCCAAACACCAGCCUCAGCACAAACUAACAUUUCUCACUUUAUAUAUACAACCUGCUGCAGGCCGCUGAGUCAUGCUGACCCAGCUUUAUUCGCAUUAAAGAAACAGCGGCCAUUUUAGCCGUGACACCCCUUCUGUUUCUUAAAUGCGAAAAACCCCAACAGAAACAAUACAUACACACAUUAUAUACUAUCUACAUAAACCCAGUUUUGUCAUCAGUUCAUUAUGGCAUGUUGCUGGCAAAGGCUUAGUAAACAAAUCAGCAAUAUUAUCUUGUGAUUGACAAUACUCCAGUUUGAUUACCCCAUUGUGUACACAAUCUCUCACAUUCGCAUGACGGAUAGCAAUAUGUUUUGAUACGGAUUUCAUUAUUUCCGAGCCCGCUAAUGCAAUGCACAAUUGGCUAUCUUCAUACACUUGGAUAGGCAAAUCAACUUUACAAUCUAGAUCUUUUAGUAUCUGUAUAAACCACAAGAUUUCAUUGCAUGCUAGUGACAGGCUCCCAUAUUCUGCCUCACAGGAUGAGGUCGCAACAAAUCCUUGUUUCUUUGACCUCCAUCCAAUUAUGGAAUUGGCAAACAUCAUAACCAUUCCACUUGUAGAUUUUCUGGUAGCUACACAGCUUCCCCAGUCCGCAUCAACAAAUACUUCUAGUUUUUCAUCUUGUGUACUAGAUAUCUUCAAACAUACAUUUAAUGUCCCCUUUAGAUAUCUGAUAAGCCUUUUCAAAGCACACCAAUCAGCAGUACUGGGUUUAGAUACACGUUGGCUCAGAACAUUUGUAGCACAUGCAAUGUCUGGCCUUGACCACUGGCUUAAAUACAACAGUGAUCCUAUUUUUGAGUGAUACAACUCAGGCUGAUCAAAUUCAUCAUCACACACUGUCUUUGGGAAAUCUGGUGUCAUGGGAGUCUGAACUGGCUUGCAGUUUUCCAUGCCAAACUGCUCUAUCAAAUGAAGAAUUUUCUCUUUCUGACUCAAUAGGAAGCUUCCAUCAGCUUCCUGCCUUACUUCUACUCCCAAGUAAUUGCUUACAGGCCCUAAGGAUUUAAGCUUAAACCUCUUUUCCAGUUGACUUGUGAGCUUCUGGAUCUCAUCUGUGGAACUCCCUGCCACAAGCAAAUCAUCAACAAAGACUAAGAGCAUUAGAUAUUUGUUGCCUGUCCCCUUGGUGUACAGGCAUGGAUCAGCCACACUCCUUUUAAAACCAAGUUUUACAAGGGCUUCAUUUAAACACUGGUUCCAACACCUUCCACUUUGUUUGAGACCGUAAACAGCCUUUUUCAAACGCCAGACUGCACCAUUCUUCUCUUCAAACCCAGGGGGUUGUCUCAUUAACACUUCAUGGUCUAAAUUUGCAUGCAGAUAUGCAGCAUCAACAUCAAAAUGGUGCACUGCUAGUUGUCUUACAGCAGCAAUGGAAAGCAUUAAACGAAAAGUUUCACUCUUUACAGUGGGAGAAAACACUUCAUCAUAACUCUCCCCUUUAAUCUGAGUGAACCCUCUGGCUACUAAUCUGGCUCGAAAACGUGGUUCCCCAGAUGCAAGGGUUUUCCUUUUGUAAACCCACUUGCAUGACACCACUCUGCCACCAGGUGGCGGCAUUAUGACCUCAAACACUUUGUUACGUUUAAAAGAGUCCAUUUCUUCUUUCAUAGCUUGUUCCCACAAAGCACGUUCCCCAGGAGGUAAGUCUAAGACUUCAUUAUAACUUUGUGGUUCCACACAACUCACAUUGCAUACUCUCACUCCUCCUAGGGUCAAACGCUGAGGAGGUACACCCUUGUUUGAACGCUGGGAGCACCUAGGCACAACUACUUCUUCUUUCCCCCUUAUCUCUGGCUCUUCUUCCUCUUCCUCUAGAGAAGUAGUAUUAUCUAUUGCCACAUCUUUUGGGGAAAUCUGUGCCUCUUCCUCAUCCUGCUCCUGCAUUGCCAAUGGCUGAGAAGAAGCCUCUUCUCUUACUUGCAGGGGCAGUAGGCAAUCUGGGUUGGCAUGGAUCACAGUCCAUCUGUCCUGGUCAGCGAAGUCUGCACUUCGUGACAGAACCACGCGUCCUGGGCGUAAAUUGAAACGCCACCCUUUGCCAUAGGACUGGUAUCCCACAAACCGCAGUUUCUGCGCUCUAGCGCCCCCUUUCUGGCGCUGAGCUUUGGGGAUAUUUACAUGUGCCCAAGAACCCCAGUUAUGGAGCAUUGUCCACUCUGGUUCUUUCCCAAACAACACACGAUAUGGAAUAUCUUUUAUAGAGCUAGACCAGGUUCUAUUAAUCAAAAAGUUCGCUGUCAGAAAAGCCUCGCCCCACAGCCUAUGGUUGUGACCCAAUCCUGCAUCCACUAGCAGGCAGUCCUUUACUGACUGUAUUACAGCCCCACGUCUUUCACACAGACCAUUUUCAGCAGGGCUAUAAGGGUUAGUCAAGCGAUGAGUGAUCCCCUUACGUCGCAACCAUGCCCCAAAUUGUUUGUUCAGAAAUUCUCCGCCCCUAUCUGUUUGCAACUGCACAACAGGGUGAGCGAAGAGUUUUUCAGCUUGGGCAACCCAUUCUCUUAAUGUGGGGAAACACUCAGAUUUCUGCUUUAACAAAAACAACCAACUAAAACGUGAUUUAUCAUCUAUUACCAGAAAAGCAUAUCUGGCGCCCCCCUUCAGUCUUCUGUGGGAAAGGGCCUAUCACGUCACAAUGGACAAGUUCUAAAACCUCUUUAGAUACUCUGUCACUUUUAGAAGCCACAGGCUUCCUCUUAGAUUUGGCCAUUUUACAUACAUUGCAAUCUAGGAAACAGUUACAGCUGUUUACUUUUAGGUUCUUGCACACCUUUUGCAUCUCUGAAAGCACACGGAAAUUGGCGUGACCCAGUUUUCUGUGCAGUUCAUGUACACACCCCUUAUGAACUGGCAAAUUAUCCUGGAGCACCUGGGCUGCUUUAACAGGCUUGUCCUGCAUUACAUAUAACCCAUUUUCCAACUUUGCAUGGCCACAUACCUGAGUUCCAUUCUUUAUCAGACAGCCAUCCUGCGUGAACUUAACACUAUACCCUGCAUUAAUCAAACAGCUUACAGACAGUAAACAAUAGUCCAAACUGCUGACAAACAGAGUCUCUGGUAGAGUAGUGUUCAAGCACUGCAGGAAACAUGUUCCCUGGCCAUCAAUCUUGCUUCUACGACCAUCAGCAAGACAGAUUGAGUCAUUUCCAUCGGCUGGCUUCCCCAGGGUCUUAAAGUCCUCCCGACUAUUGCAGAUAAUCCUGCUGCUGCCAGAGUCCAGCAACCAUAUUCCUCAAGGUAUCUUCCUCUCCUCCCGAGAAAAUGCAGACACAAAAUGAGCAGAACGCGUGUUCUUCUUCCCUGAAGAGAACCCCUUCUGCUUACGUUUCUGCGUCGAUUGCUGUCUCUGCUCCAUGUCGUCUCCUGGAAGCCUAGCCCUGCAUUGACGUUGGAGAUGCCCAGGUUGGUUGCAUCUAUAGCACCUCCUCACCGCCAUGGCCAAGUCCAAACCUUGGCGUUGCUCCACUGGCAGAUUCUGCUGCUGGCCCCCUUUGCUGUAACUCCUCAGCUCUUGGAGUUCAGCCUGUCUAUCUGACCUUUUUUGUGCUUCUUCGGUCAAUCUUCCAACCACAUACUCAAGGGUCAGAUCUCGGGGACGCAUACUCUCCAUGCUGUUAAUUACUGGCAACCAGCUUUCAGACAAACUUGAAAGGAUAAUGUAGGUUUGGUCAGUCUCAUCAUAACGCUUACCUCUCUGCUGUAGUUGAAGAAACAGAGAUUUCAGCGUUUGAAGAUGAGUUGCCAAACUCUCACCUUCUUUCAUAACAGUCCUGAACAGCCUUCUGGUCAGAGAAAUUAUAGUUCCAGCAGUUUCUCUGACAUGCAUUGCCCUUAAUAAAUUCCAGCACUCAAACGCUGUGCUGGCAUUUGCUACAUGCAAUAACUGAGAGUUGCUCAAACACAGCAUAAUUUGGGCACGAGCCCUUUCAUCUAGCCGUUUUUUCUCAGCAGAGUCCCGUCUCAAAACCUCAGUUUCAACACAGUCCCAUAGUCCAUCUCUCCUUAACAACUGCUGCAUUUUAAUUGACCAACUCAGCCAGUUGCUUUCUGAGAGAAGUUCAAAAGGGAUGCCUCCCCCAAUAUUUACAACUUGGGAAGACUGGAAAUCUGCCAUCUCUGCUGGUGCUUGCUGAGCCCCUUCUGUGGGGCCUUCAGCAAGCUCUCCUGACUCUCUCUUUAGAGUCCAACUGGAUGGUCCUGGCUGGCACUCACCGGCUUCUAGCUGCUGCCUCUGUUGACCCUCAGGUCCCGCCUGGCUCUGCAACUGGUGUAGCCGCUCUGUGAGUCGCCUACUGUGGUCCUCUAGCAGUUCAAACUGUUCCAGUAGCUGACACUGAGUGCUUUGCUGAUCCUCAGAUCCUAGCCGCUCCAGCGUCGCUGCAGACAGUUACAGCUUGCCACCAACUGCUCCAACGCACAGCCACUGGCUCCAUACACCACCAGGACUCACCAGCUCCCUGCUGAGAUGCUGCCAGUCGUUUUGCACUCUGCACAUGCUCAGAAACACUGGGCCCAUAACCUGUCAGUGUUUGUAAAAAGCAAAAAAAAAGAAGGAAAGGGUUCUGACCUCCCUUUGUCUCUUCAGCCUGGUCCUCGGACCCUUGUCAGCACAAAAGAGUCCACGAGAAUAUCCUUGCAGAGUUUUAUUCUCAAAAGUCUUUGUGCAAAACACGACUGAAUAACUAUACACACCAGCACUAACCAACUAACCAACCAACCAACCCAAACACCAGCCUCAGCACAAACUAACAUUUCUCACUUUAUAUAUACAACCUGCUGCAGGCCGCUGAGUCAUGCUGACCCAGCUUUAUUCGCAUUAAAGAAACAGCGGCCAUUUUAGCCGUGACACCCCCUUGGCUGGGUGCCCUGUGUGGGGGAUCACAAAUUGGAAGAAAUGUUAUUCAUGAAAUGAGCAGCUGUGUGAAGGGCUUUUAAAAAGUAAGUAGCAGGACUGAGGUAUCUAAUUCUGAUCAGGACCCUGGCAGUAUGUGGUAGGCACUGGGGCUUAGCCUUGAUUGGGACCACACUAGGCUAAAGCCUCCCUACCACCAGGGUCAACAUCUAGACCCCACCCUCCUAGAGUUCCUAUUCCAUUCUUAAAAGCUAUUCCCACAACUGCUACUUGUGUCUCACUUAAUUUGGCCCACAUUACAUCCUCCUAAGGGGAUACAGGUGGUGCUGUGGAUUAAACCACAGAGCCUAGGACUUGCUGAUCAGAAGGUCGGUGGUUCGAAUCCCUGCGAUGGGGUGAGCUCCCACUGCUCCUGCCAACCUAGCAAUUCGAAAGCAUGUCAAAGUGCAAGUAGAUAAAUAGGUACCGCUCUGGCAGGAAGGUAAACGGCGUUUCCGUGUGCUGUUCUGGUUCACCAGAAGCGGCUUAGUCAUGCUGGCCACAUGACCAGAAGCUGUACGCCGGCUCCCUCGACCAAUAAAGCGAGAUGAGCGCCGCAACCCCAGAGUCGGUCAUGACUGGACUUAAUGGUCAGGGGUCCCUUUACCUUUACCUUACAUCCUCCUAAAGAGAGCGUACAGGUGGACCAAGUUGGAAACCAUAGCCCAAGCUUUGUGAUCAACGAGCUUAAAAGUCUCUCCAGUAUGUAUCCAACAUGCUGAAAUCAGCUGCAAACUUGAAAGUUUAUGCAAGCAGGAUCCAUAGUCUUUAAAAAUCUGAUUGGAUGUGCACAUUGCUGUGUGACUAUAAGAAUCUGGGCCUAAGCCUUUUGUGGUGUGUGUGUGUGUGCGCGCGCGUGUGUGCGCGCGUGCGCGUUCGUGCAUGUGCGUGCUUUGAUCUUGCGCUGGUUGAUGCUCAAAGAAGCAACUCUUGAUACAAAAAGAGGACAAAACGUUGACACUUCCAUCCCCCUUGCGAGUGCUGGGGCUGUGAGCACCCUGCAGAAUUCACAUGAGAGCAACAAACAUAGGCAGCCAAGCAAUUUCGCCGGGUGUAUGACUUGUCUGCUUGUCACCUGUCCAGCCCAAUCAGGGGAUGUUACUGUCUCGGGUGUAGGAUUACAGGACAGAAAGAACCUGCUCAGGGCCCCAGUUAUUUUUACAGAUUUCUUGUUGCUCUCAAUGGUAACAAAGGAAGUCAUGACCGAAGCAGUGAGUCAGAGAGACCUCUAGAAUACCACAAAUGUCUUGGUUAGGAAUUCUGUUGAGGGGGCAGGUCUCUAGGGGGGGAGGCAGCACAUAUUGGGUCUUGUGCUCUGUCCACCCAGCUGGAAAAAAGAAAUGUACUUACUUGGUAGCUCUGUUGCAGAAGAAGCAGGCAUUCAUUGCCCAGCAGGUGGCCAGUCAACUCCUGAACUCUGCUGUUCUCUUCCCUGUCCCAUCCUGUUCUUUUCUCCUUAGCAUUUGAAUAGGAGGGUCCGGAAUAAAAAGGUUUUGUUCAGCUCCAUGUGAGCCAUACUCCCUUAGCACUGGAAAUAGAGAUAUAAGCCAUAUGGUAGAAAACCUGUUCUCUUCAGGCAUUCUCUGGGAAGUCACCUCUGGUGACGACAUCUUAGGAACAUCCAACUUCCUUUCAAAUGUCUGGAGGCAGCUAUGCCAAGAUAGAAAUGCUACAAGGUUUUUUUGAGGGGGGCGGGGGAGAGUAUGAAAGUUUGGCAGCUCUGGAAAUGGGUCUUUCUCCAGAACCCCAUUCUUCUCAUGACAGUGGGCCAGUGGUGAAGAGUCUUUUUCAACUGGAAGGCACAGAGGACCAGAUGUUGUCAUUAUUCAUUUUGGGGUGGGGGUUAUGGCAUUGUAGCAGAGCCUAUUUUUGGUCCAUCUGCUGAACUGAUGGUGUGCUCACCUCUUUUCCUACAGUGGACUACAUCGUCUUGCAGUUUGGCCGCGUAGCUGAUGAUACUUUCACCCUGGACUACAACUACCCACUGUGUGCUGUGCAAGCUUUUGCCAUCGCCCUAUCCAGCUUCGAUGGGAAGCUGGCUUGCGAGUAG